GCGCCACCCCCUACAGCCAGGCCUCUCCCUCGCCCGCCCUCACCUGCGCCUCGCGCGCGGGGCGGGGCCGCCGAGGAUGACAAAGCAGCGGCCAGAGGCGCGGGAUCCGCCCCCCGCGCUCAGCGGGUGCGUCGGCUGCCCUGGCGCGGCUGUUAUGGAAACCGGCCCGGCGCGCAGGAGGCGAUGAUGGGGCGGCCAUGGCCCGGGCCGGCAGCUCCAGUGGCGACGCGGCGGCCGGGGCGCGGGCGGCGGGCGCGGGCCAGCCGGAGCAGUGGGAGCUGUCCCUGGAGGAGGUGCUGAAGGCGUACGAGCAGCCCAUCAACGAGGAGCAGGCGUGGGCCGUGUGCUUCCAGGGCUGCCGCGGGCUGCGGGGCGCGCCGGGCGGCCGGCGGCGCAUCCGGGACACGGCGGACAUCCUCCUGCGCAGGGACGGCUCGGUCAGCGCGCGGCUGGAGCCCGGCGCCGCAGAGCCCACGAUGGUGGUGUCAACGGCCAGCUCGGAAGCCCAGGUGGUGCAGUCGCUGGGUUUCGCCAUCUACCGCGCGCUGGACUGGGGGCUGGCCGAGAGCGAGGAGCGGGAGCUCAGCCCACAGCUGGAGCGGCUCAUCGACCUCAUGGCCAACAACGACUGCGACGACAGCGGCUGUGGGGUCGCGGACGAGGGCUACGGGGGCCCGGAGGAGGAGGAGGAGGCCGAGGGCGGCCCCCGCGCCGUGCGCACCUUCGCGCAGGCCAUGCGUCUGUGCGCGGCGCGCCUGACCGACCCCCGGGGCGCACAGGCCCACUACCAGGCCGUGUGCCGCGCGCUGUUCGUGGAGACGCUGGAGCUGCGGGCCUUCCUCGCCAGGGUCCGCGAGGCCAAGGAGAUGCUGCAGAAGCUUCGGGAGGACGAGCCACAGGCAGAGCGGCCCCUGGCGGAGCUUGACAACCUGGGGCACACGGACUGGGCCCGACUCUGGGUCCAGCUCAUGCGGGAGCUCCGCCAUGGAGUGAAGCUCAAGAAGGUGCAGGAGCAGGAGUUCAACCCACUGCCCACGGAGUUCCAGCUCACGCCCUUCGAGAUGCUCAUGCAGGACAUUCGCGCCAGGAACUACAAGCUGCGCAAGGUCAUGGUGGAUGGGGACAUCCCUCCCAGGGUGAAGAAGGAUGCCCACGAACUCAUCCUGGACUUCAUCCGCUCCCGGCCUCCCCUGAAGCAGGUCUCGGAGAGAAGGCUCCGCCCACCACCCCAGAGGCCGAGGACCCUGCACGAGAGGAUGCUGGAGGAGGUCAAGCAGGAGCGCAGGCUGCGUCCUGUGGGGGGGUUUGGCUCUCUGCCGUGCAUCCUCAACGCCUGCUCUGGGGACCUCAAGUCCACCUCCUGCAUCAACCUGUCCACUACCGAUGCGGGGGGCAGCACCCAACGCCCACGGCCCCGAGUCCUGCUCAAGGCACCCACCUUGGCAGAGAUGGAGGAGAUGAACACGUCUGAGGAGGAAGAGUCUCCAUGUGGGGAGGUGACACUGAAGCGAGACCGCUCUUUCUCAGAGCACGACCUUGUCCAGCUCCGGAAUGAAGUGGCUUCUGGGCUGCAGCUGGCCACUCAGCCCCCAGGAGGCUUGGAGCCAUCUUGGGCCCACGUGGGCACCGUGCACACCUGCAAACCAAGCACCCAGGAGCAGGGUUCCUUCUCUGUGAGUGUCCAGUCCCAGCCUGACCCCAGCUCCUCCCGACCCAGUGACCUGGGCACAGCCAAGGACAGGCUAGAGGCCUCUGCGGUCCCUGACACCAAUCACCUGUGGCUGGAGUUCAGCCACCCCGUAGAGAGCCUUGCUCUGACUGUGGAGGAAGUGAUGGAUGUGCGCCGUGUGCUGGUGAAGGCUGAGAUGGAGAGGUUCCAGCAGAACAAGGAGCUCUUCAGCAGCUUGAAGAAGGGGAAGAUUUGCUGCUGCUGCCGAACCAAGUUCUCGCUGUUCUCCUGGCCACCCAGCUGUCUCUUUUGUAAAAGAGCGAUCUGCACUUCCUGUAGCACAAAGAUGAAGACGCCUUCUAAGAAGUUUGCACACAUCCCCGUCUACACGCUGGGCUUUGAGAGUCCUCCGAAGGCGUCAACUGCCAAAACCACGCCGACACAGAGAAGAGACGUCUUCCAGUCCUUGCAGGAGCUCCAGGGGUCUACAGUGGAGGAGGAGUUCCCGCAUAUCUACGCCCAGGGCUGCAACCUGAAGGACGUCUGCAGCGACUGCUUGAGAUUCGUGGGGGACGUGGUGAGCUCCAGCCGCAAGAGCGUGGACGCUCUCAACACCACCCCUCGCCGUGCCCGCCAGACCCAGUCCCUCUACAUCCCUAACACCUGGACUCUCGACUUCAAGUGACAGCCCUCAGCGACCCUGGGCCGGCUGGGAAACCCCGUCCUGGGCACAGCGGCCGGCCUGCCCUCCCGCCCGCGAGUGUGCAUGUACAUAUAUACAUACGCAGAUACGUUUCUGUAACAUACACACAGCCUAUAUAUUUAUAUGCGUGCUUCCUGGCCCCACGGUCCAUUUGGGGUCAGGCUUACUUCCCGGACCCUCCCUGGGGAGGCUGUUUCCUCUGAGGACUCCUCGGGAGGGUUUGGGACCAGACAGGAUGCAGAGGGCAGGUUGGAGGUAGGGUAGAGGGUGCUGGGGGCUCAGAGGACACCAUGUACCAUGUUUGUUCUCUUCUCCAUCCCCUCCCUGGAUGGACAUCCAGACGGGGAUAGGUCACCUUGGUCCCUAGGUGGGCUGCAGAUGCACCUGGGGAGCCUGAGUGGACUGAUUCUCCCAGGAUGGUGUCCCAGGGCCAUGCCCUUGCAGGGUCGGAGGCCACACUCACUUCCUGCCUGACACCCACGCCAUGCAAUGCUCUCAGUCCCAGUAGCAGUUCGUAUUCAUGGCCACUCUCGGCCUAAUAAAGGUGGUUUCAGUG